AUCAGAGGUAUGAGCUACUACGAAAAGCAUUUCUUUUUUUCCAAUCGAUUAGUUAAAUUAUUGAUUGGUCUUCGACCUUCUCAAAAUUCGAACAAGCAAUUAUUUCUAUUUUGUAUAGUAACUGUUUACAUAUUUCCGAUGAUUGCGUAUCAGUUUUAUCAGCUCUACAUGUUAGAUGUUACACUGCAUUCGGCAAUCAAAUUGAUGCAGAACAUGUUAACUAUUCUAUGUUUUCUGAUUACUUAUAGUAUUAUUUAUAUUAACUAUGAAACAGUUCGUAUGAUAUAUUUUACAUUAACUGUGUUUUUAUUUAUUUAAAACACAUUUAACUAGCAAGAAAAAUAUUUUUUUUUCAGACAAGAUCAAUUCAUGCUCAUUUUAAAUUUGAUUAUGUACGGCUGUCCGACAAGGAUGAAUUAAAUAUUUUCGAACAAUAUACAAAGCAAAGUAAAAUUUAUACAUAUUUUUUCGUGGGUAAGCACGUAAAAUAUUUUUGUGCAUAAGAAAUAUAAUAUUGCAAUUAUAUAUUUUCCUUGAUUGUUUUAGCUAUCCUAAAUUUCUAUUUUAUUGCAAUUAUAUCUCCGUGUAUCUUCAAUAUUUUUUUGUACCUCUCUGGAACAUUAGACAUGGUUCAUUUAAAGUUACCCUUUUCAGUCAAUAAUGUUUCAAGAUCAAGAUCAUUAUACUUCAGUUUGCUUAUUUAUCAAACUGUAGCAAUCUAUAUAUUUAUAAUUAUAGGCAGUGUGUGUUAUACAUCGUAUUUGUUAUUCAUACAACAUGCGUGCUGUCAAUUAAAUGUUUUAAAGUACGUAUUUCAUGUAGAAAUCACGUUUGUUUCAAAUCACUAUUAUUAUCAAAAUCAUAAAUAUCAUUAUUUGCCAGAUUGAAAAUACGUCAACCAUUUUUAAAAAAAAAGAAAUAUAACCAAAUCGUUUGGUUAAAUAAAAAAGAGGAAGAAUUUAAUUGGAUAGUAGACAUAAUAAUACGUCACAAAAGAGUAACGAAGUCAGUACAAAAUAAUUCUUUUAGUGAACGCACCAAAAAAUCAGAAAGCUUAAUUUACGAUACCCUGCCUGUUUCUUAAAUUUAAUUAUUACUAUUUUUAUUAAAUUAUGAAAUGUUUUAGAUUUGUCGAUUAUCUGAACAAUUUUUCGGAAAUAAAUUAUUUAAUUUGUACUUUUGCUGGGAUGCUCAUCAUUAUGUUGGAUUUUAUCAAUAUAUUUCAAUUAGCAACAAUAAUGCGAAAUACAAGUGAACUAAUCGAAUGUGGCACCUACAUUGUCUGUUCUCUAUUUGCGAUAUAUAUUAAUUUUUACAUUGGACAAAUGCUUAUAAAUCAUAGCCAAGCUGCUUUCACAGAAUUAUGUCAAGUUCCGUUCUAUAUGCUUUCUUUAGAAACUCAAAAGUUGCUGUUAUUUGUGAUAGCAAGAAGCAGGAAGCAAUGCGUACUCUCAAUAGGAGGUAUCUUUGUAUCGUCGCACGAAGUAUUUUUAGAAUUAAUGCAAAAAGCAUUUUCUUUUGCUAUGGUGUAUUAUAGUGUUCGGUAACUACAAAUUAUUCAUUUAGUA